UGUCUUUCUCUUUACUCUUCUCUCUCCCUGAAAAACAUGGAAACUUCAAAAAACACUAAUCUCCAAAACCCUACUAAACUCACAAAACCAUUUCAGUGUUGUCAAGAAGAAGACAAAGAAGAAUCAGUAUCUCUCCGAGAACUUCCCCUCAACGCAGAACACAUCAAUCCCACCGCCGCCACCGAAGACCACCAUGAAUCACCUUCAACGGAGCUUUUUGAGUUUCUUACCUCAAGCUCCUACGACGUUUCUCCGGCAGAAAACAUAAUCUUCGGCGGCAAACUCAUCCCUUUAAACUACCAAAGUGCUCUCUUCUCGCCUCCCGAACACAUAACCCCUAGAAUACGCUCACGGUCCGAGUCCUUAUCGGCGAUACAAGGCCAUAAGAUUAACCGUCCCGGGAGUAAUACCGUGGCACGUCUUGACAAUGCCGGACCUAUGAGGACAAGCCGUUCUCUAGAUUAUCGCAAGCUCUCACGUGAGCCAAACACCGUACAUUAUCCGACCAAAAGUAGUUCUCCGGCCAAGAACUCAGCGAAGCCUGAAACGGCGGCGUCUGGAAGUGGGAAAAGUGUAAGACCGAGAAGAUGGUAUGUGAUUAUGUUUGGAAUGGUUAAGUUCCCACCGGAGAUUGAACUAAAGGAUAUCAAGAACCGUCAGAGUCGCCGGAAUAUUCCACCGGUUAUGUUUCCGUCACCUGCUAACCGGAAAUCUCGUAGAUCUCGAUCGCCGUCACCGUCUCCUUCUUGGAGGUUUCUCAACGCUUUAAGUUGCAAAGAGCCUACAAGCGUGGCUGCUACGGCGCCGUUUUGGGUGCCACAUCCUUAAAAUUACGACCUUGUCCUUACGGGAAUUGCAUUGCUGUAGACUGAGAUGAGAAGGAUAGGAUCGUCAUUUAGUUAUAAGUUUCAUCGAUAUUCUAAUUUAUUUUUGUGAAAGAAUGUCGAUAAUAGUUUGGACCAUAAAUAUAUCUUCUUUUCCUUUAA